AUACCAGGACAGUUUUCCUCAUUGAACCAACCAAACCCAGCUUCACAAAAACUACCAAAGAAAAACUAUUCAUCUGUAAGGAUGAAGACGUGCAGGGUGACAGUAGCUGUGGCCAUGAUGCUCUGCUUCAUUUAUACUGAGGUCUCUGCUGUCCCUGCCCCUGGGAAGACAGAGACAGUGAUCCUGGGUCAAGAUCUAGGUGAAACAAGAGAGCUAGUGUAUCACCCAAAUGAAGGUGAAAGGGUCUUCAUACUGGCAAAACGGGAUGUGGCUAACCAGCAGGAGGAGCUGGUGAUGGAUGAAAGCUGGGAUGCAUUUAAAGAAGCAGCUGAAGUGGUGCCUUCCAGAGUGAGAGAGAAACGUGGAUGCACAAAGUGCUGCAUCAUGUGCUGCUCUGCCCCUGGCAAGUGCAAACAGUGCUGUGACUGCUGUGUUAACCCUGGCAACAGCAGGAUCACUUUCUGACCCUGCAACAGCAGCUGUAACAAUGCGAUCUUCCACACAACAGCCCAAUAAUGCUCUGUGUCACUGCAAGUAUAAAAGAUUGUGUUAACUUGUGGUUUUCACUUUACCAAGUGCAUCAUGGGAAUAAAUGUGGAAUUUUCAAAAGA